UUUUUUUUUUUGCCAUCAUGUCUCUAAGUACAGUUGGUCAGUUGUCACUCUGUCACCUUACCUUCCAACCCCAUAAUUCCUGUGAAACCCUGGACACCUCACUGUUUUUGCAGAUUAUGAGUUCCUCUGGCCUCACUCCUUUCCUUGUUCAGCUUGCAGUACCUGAGUAAUCCCCUCACCCCUCACCACCUUCCUUAUUAGUAACCCCAGUUCCCUGAAGCUCUUGUCCUGCCCAUUUCCUCCCAGCAGCAUGUCACUCAUCUGCCCUGAUGACCCUGUGUUCCCCUUAGAAGAAUCACAACUCUAUCUGGACUGUUACUGUAGAUCAGUGAACUUCAACAUCUGAUAGCUUUUUCAGUGUUGCCCAUCAGUGCAUUUACCGAGUUGCUUUUUCGAUGCUUUUGGUGAUAGUUCCAAAUGCUCCCCACUGUCUCCAUGGCUAUAAUGAUAGGAAACAUUAAUACAAAACUUGGUCGUGUUGGAGAAAAUGUGCUAAGGACUUUACAUGGAUUGUCUCAUCUCCGUUCUUGCUAAAGGAUCUAACUUUUCCUUCCAACCAUCCAGCAGCUACUAGUGAGGCAUCAACUGUGUCUAUGCAUGGUGCCACAGACUGUAGCUAUUAUUGAGGCAGAUUGGGGACUUGCUCUCAAGAGACCUCUAAUUCAGAGGGAGAUGCACAGAAGUAAACAGGCAGCAAUAACAUUGUCUAAUAAGUGCUAAUGAGGGGAGAAGUUCAAUACACUAUAGAUGCCCCCAGCCCAAACUUAGGGAUGAGGAUAAGGAAAACUUGCAGGAAGUUAUAGCUAAGUGCCAAUCUAAAGGACGAGAGACUAUGAGGGAGGAACAUAAGGGUGUUCUGGACAAAAAGAAUACCUGGCUGCUGGAAAGAUUUCAGGGAAUUGAGAGGGGCCAGUAGGAAUAGAGCCAUUGUUCUCAGAGCAAUUAGAGGUCUUAUUUUUGGUGUGAAUUCCAUAGACUCUCUUUUCUACCUUCUCUGUGAUCUGUAUCCUCACUUGGUUACUAACUGGAAUUAGAAUCCACUGAGAUCCUUCACUGUACAUGGAUCUCUAAGACACACUUGCCAUCAAUCUCAGUGUGAAGUUUUACUAUGCACUUGUGUAGCUGCUCUGCUGAAAUACUAUUAGACUGUUCAGGUUAGUGUGGAGGACAAUGCUUCUUCAAAAUUAUCACAGGGAAGUUUGUAAUAACUGUGACUGACUUGAGUAGGGGUAGGGUUUUUCAGGAGGGUCUUUCAGUGGUAAUCACUCCUAAAAUUUUGAAUGCUUAAAUGAAGCUCCUGCUCCGCUCGAUGAUAAGUGCAGCUUCUUUUUCCAUGAGGACGUUUAGUAAAUGACGUUUUAGGUCUCAGCAAGUGUUACGCCUUCAGACACCUUGGCUGAGGAAAGCCUGAUGUGCCUCCAGUGAAGGAUUUGUAGGACCACAUCUUUGAUGCUUCUGCAACACAGAGUUAGGGAAAUGAAACAGUGGGUCCAUAUGUGCUCCUGAUCCAUUGCCAACAGGAAAGGGACUUAGCCCCCACGUACAUGUUGACCCUUCUGGUCAUGGUAAAGCCACCCACUAGCUAUAAUGCUAUCGUCAGCAGUAGAAAGAAGAGGGAGCGCAAAGCAACUGAAUGGUAAAAUAUUUCAGACCUUUUCGGACCACUUUGGAAGAUGGAAGCUGAUAACAUCAUAUAUCCAAAUUCCUUUGCAUUGCUGUCUGUCUCUUUACAGGUAGGGAAUAGUUUACAGCAUUCUGCGGAAUCUACUUUUGAUUCCAAAUGGAUCUUAAUUAUUUUGUAUUGGGGAAAUAUUUUUUACUUGGCAAUAGAAAUGUUCCAUAAUAUUAUUUAAUAUUUUGGGAAUCACUCUUUCCUAUGUGCCUGAACAUCUCGAGCACAUUUACCCUUAGCGUGGCAGUGCCUGGGUGUCUCACGUCCACGUACGCUCAGACCAUGCUCCUUGAUUUCAUCCCCUUCUCUCUGUUCUCUGUGUCUUUCAUCUCCUAAACUGAGUGCUGAUGCCAUUUCACACUUUUUCUUGGAAGUUUAAUGAGUUAGUGGUAGUAUAACAAAAAUAAAAAUAUUUUCUUUAUGUUUCUGAAAAGAAAUAUGUCUAUAAAGCGUCAAUCAUUUUUCCAAGCUGUUAGUUCCUGCUGCUGAGUACUAGGAGCUGUUCUGUCAGCAAGAACAAGUAAGGGCGAAUAGUAGGAGAAAGCUGUCCCCAUUUUCUUUCUCUGGUACAAGAGGUUGGAAGAUGUUGUUUCAGCUGGAGAACUUAAGAUGGAUUCUUAUUCACUGUUUGCUAAAGAGACUGUACUGCUUUUAGUGUGAUAAUUUUCUGUAGGCAUGGAGAAAGGUCACCUCCUGAUCUUGUUUUGGAGAUCAUGGGGUUAAAUCUGUGGCAGUGUCCCUUUCCUACACACAGGCUCUUGUCAAAAUAAUGUUUGGCCAGGUGUUAAUCUGUGUCCUGAGGGGAGUGCUGGAAUUCAUUAUUCAUCCCGUGGGAGUAGGGGUCAGAGGAGAAGGUCGUCCUUCUGGGAGGUACCAGGGCCAUAGCUUGCCUCCUGCCUUUACUGACAUGUGCCAUUUGUGAGGAGGGCAGUUGAAGUCCAUUUGAGGAAUUCUCUUGUCAGCCGGCCAACACAGAAACACAGAGGGAGCAGGAGGGAGGGAGAGGCCGGCAGCUUGGCAAGGCAGUCCUGGAGUGCAGUUUCCGGAGCAAGAUCACACACAGUGUUUUAGGAGCUCAGGGAAGGUGUGCAAGAACAUAAAGGGGAAGGGGGCCAGGUUUGAAAGAGUGGAUUUUUUCUAUUUUUUCCAUCUUUUGUCCCUCCUGUCUUUGAAUACUUGUCAUCCUUUGGAAAACUCAGCAUCGGCAAGAAGCCUUUGCUGACACACUGCUUUUUCUCCAGCACUAUAUUGUGGGUUUUUUGUUUUUGCUCUUCUCAUUUUUAUUUUCCUCUGAGGGCAGGAGGUGAGGCAAUGAUCAAGUCAAGCUGGUUCUAUGUUAAGUUCAAGUAUGCAGAGAAGCUCAAGCCAGGACAGAACAGCUGCAGGGACAGUGACAGUGAAAGUGCCAGUGGAGAAUCGAAGGGCUUCCACCGGAGCAGCUCUCGGGAAAGGCUCAGCGAUAGUUCAGCUCCUUCCAGCUUGGGAACAGGCUACUUCUGUGACAGUGACAGUGACCAGGAAGAGAAGGCAUCGGAUGCCAGCUCUGAAAAACUCUUCAACACUGUUAUUGUAAACAAAGAUCCGGAGUUAGGUGUUGGCACGCUACCAGAACAUGACAGCCAGGAUGCAGGGCCAAUUGUCCCCAAGAUAUCGGGUCUAGAGAGAAGCCAGGAGAAGAGCCAGGACUGUUGCAAAGAGCCGAUCUUUGAGCCUGUGGUGCUUAAAGACCCCUGCCCUCAGGUCGCACAGCCGAUACCCCAGCCCCAGCCGGAGCCCCAACUCCGAGCUCCUUCUCCAGACCCUGACUUGGUGCAGCGCACAGAGGCCCCACCUCAGCCCCCACCUCCGAUUACACAGCCACCACAGGGCCCUCCUGAGGCCCAGCUCCAGCCCGCUCCGCAGCCUCAGGUGCAGAGGCCACCCAGGCCACAGUCCCCCACCCAGCUGCUCCAUCAGAACCUCCCACCUGUGCAGGCCCACCCCUCCGCUCAGAGCCUCUCCCAGCCAUUGUCAGCCUACAACAGCAGUAGCUUAAGCCUCAACAGUUUAAGCAGUAGCAGAAGCAGCACUCCAGCAAAGACUCAGCCCGCCCCUCCUCACAUCUCCCACCACCCCUCUGCCUCCCCAUUCCCCCUCUCCCUGCCCAACCACAGCCCCCUGCACAGCUUCACACCCACCCUCCAGCCCCCCGCACACUCACAUCACCCCAAUAUGUUUGCCCCUCCCACUGCUCUGCCUCCUCCACCACCACUGACAUCAGGAAGUCUGCAGGUGGCCGGACACCCGGCCGGGAGCACUUACUCAGAGCAAGACAUCUUGCGACAGGAACUGAACACUCGUUUUUUGGCCUCUCAGAGUGCUGACCGCGGGGCUUCGCUGGGCCCUCCGCCCUACCUGCGGACCGAGUUCCAUCAGCACCAGCACCAGCACCAGCACACCCACCAGCACACGCACCAGCACACCUUCACGCCGUUCCCCCACGCCAUCCCGCCCACCGCCAUCAUGCCGACGCCAGCACCUCCCAUGGUGCGUACCCCAGGCAGAAAUUUUGACAAAUACCCUACAAAAGUUGACCCAUUCUACCGGCACAGUCUCUUCCAUUCCUAUCCUCCUGCAGUGUCGGGCAUCCCCCCUAUGAUUCCGCCCACUGGCCCUUUUGGUUCACUACAAGGAGCAUUUCAGCCGAAGACAUCCAACCCUAUCGAUGUCGCUGCUCGGCCUGGGACAGUCCCACACACUUUACUACAAAAGGACCCGAGGUUGACAGAUCCUUUCAGACCUAUGUUAAGGAAACCAGGGAAGUGGUGUGCUAUGCAUGUUCACAUCGCCUGGCAGAUUUACCACCACCAACAGAAAGUCAAGAAACAGAUGCAGUCAGACCCACAUAAGCUGGACUUCGGACUGAAACCUGAGUUCCUGAGCCGCCCUCCAGGCCCCAGUCUCUUUGGAGCCAUCCACCACCCCCAUGACCUGGCACGGCCUUCAACUUUGUUCUCUGCCGCUGGUGCUGCACACCCAACUGGGACCCCUUUUGGGCCACCUCCUCAUCACAGCAACUUCCUCAACCCCGCUGCCCACCUAGAGCCUUUUAAUCGGCCGUCUACAUUCACAGGCCUAGCAGCCGUUGGUGGCAAUGCCUUCGGGGGACUUGGAAAUCCUUCCGUUACACCCAACUCAAUGUUCGGCCACAAGGAUGGCCCCAGUGUGCAGAACUUUAGCAACCCUCACGAACCCUGGAACCGGCUGCACCGAACGCCUCCGUCGUUCCCGACCCCUCCGCCCUGGCUGAAGCCAGGGGAGCUGGAGCGCAGCGCGUCCGCUGCAGCUCAUGACAGAGAUAGAGAUGUAGAUAAACGAGACUCAUCUGUUAGUAAAGAUGACAAAGAAAGGGAAAGCGUCGAGAAGAGACACUCCAGCCACCCUUCACCAGCACCUAUCCUCCCGGUGAAUGCCCUGGGACAUACCCGCAGCUCCACUGACCAGAUCCGGGCUCAUCUGAACACUGAGGCUCGGGAGAAGGACAAACCCAAAGAGAGGGAGAGAGACCACUCGGAAUCCCGCAAGGACCUGGCCGCCGACGAGCACAAGGCGAAAGAGGGCCACCUGCCCGAGAAGGACGGGCACGGCCACGAGGGGCGCGCCGCGGGCGAAGAGGCCAAGCAGCUGGCCCGGGUGCCGUCUCCCUACGUGCGGACCCCGGUGGUGGAGAGUGCCAGGCCCAACAGCACCUCGAGCCGGGAGGCCGAGCCGCGCAAGGGUGAGCCGGCCUACGAGAACCCCAAGAAGAACUCCGAGGUCAAGGUGAAGGAGGAGCGGAAGGAAGACCACGACCUGCCUCCAGAGGCCCCGCAGACCCACCGGGCCUCGGAGCCGCCGCCUCCCAACUCCUCGUCCAGCGUGCACCCGGGGCCCCUGGCCUCGAUGCCCAUGACGGUGGGGGUGACGGGCAUUCACCCCAUGAACAGCAUCAGCAGCCUGGACAGGACUCGCAUGAUGACCCCCUUCAUGGGCAUCAGCCCCCUCCCGGGCGGAGAGCGCUUCCCGUACCCUUCUUUCCACUGGGACCCCAUCCGGGACCCCUUGAGGGAUCCUUACCGAGAACUUGACAUUCACCGGAGAGACCCGCUGGGCAGGGACUUUCUGCUAAGGAAUGACCCGCUCCACCGGCUCUCGACUCCCCGGCUGUACGAAGCCGACCGCUCCUUCAGGGACCGGGAGCCUCACGACUACAGCCACCACCACCACCACCACCACCACCCGCUGUCUGUGGACCCUCGGCGGGAGCACGAGCGGGGAGGUCACCUGGACGAGCGGGAGCGCUUGCACAUGCUCAGAGAAGACUACGAGCACACGCGGCUCCACUCCGUGCACCCCGCCUCCCUCGACGGACACCUCCCCCACCCCAGCCUCAUCACCCCGGGACUCCCCAGCAUGCACUAUCCCCGCAUCAGCCCCACCGCGGGCCACCAGAACGGACUCCUCAACAAGACCCCUCCGACAGCAGCGCUGAGCGCACCUCCCCCGCUCAUCUCCACGCUGGGGGGCCGCCCGGUCUCUCCCAGAAGGACGACUCCUCUGUCCGCAGAGAUAAGGGAGAGGCCCCCCUCCCACACGCUGAAGGAUAUCGAGGCCCGAUAAGCCGAGAGCAGGAGCACGAGUGAGGAAGAAGAAACCCUAGGCAGACACCAGGCCAGACUUGAGAGACAGAACUCCUGCACGGCUCACAUAGACUGCGGGGGCGGGGAAGCCCCACCUCUUCCCCUUGUAAAAAAUGUAUAGACUCUGCACAUUUUGAAAUGUUUUGUAUAUUAUAUGUUGAGAUUUUUCAGAUCUUUUAGCCCAGUCAUAUGUUCUCACGUCUCCUACUUUUUCUUUCUCGUAUAAAACUUUUUGAUUUGAACCAAAACAGUGAAGAUAACAACACACACCAAUUGGAUGAUAAUUUUGGGGGGGCGGGGGGAGAAGUCCACGCCAUCCAUCAUGCAGAAUUCUUUCAGAUGAGGUGGGAAGACAGACAGUGUACAUAGUUAUGUAAAAAGAGAUUGCUUCAUGAGCUAAUGGUUCAUAUAUGCAAAAGGGUAAGAUGAAAGCUUUACUUUGUACAAAUGUAAAUAGAUAAAGAUUAAGUAACAUAAUACAUUAAUACUUCUUAAAAUGUGCUACUUGCAAACUUAAUAUCAGUGAACACAGUCGGCUAAGGCUGUGUUCCCAUAUAUUGUUAUAGACAGCUAAACCCUUCAACUAUGCAAUGAAUGUUCGGGCUUUUCACAAAAGCCCGCCUAACUCAAAGGAGCCUUUUCAAAUCCAUUUACAACAUACUUAAGGUCAUAUUUUCCCUGAACAAGCGCUUACGUGAUAUGACUCUGUUUUCCUUGCUUGUUUUUUUUCAAACGGAGAAACAUCCUAUUUUGCAAAUUGGACCCCAGGCUGGAACUUAGCAUCUGAAGUUGCCGCUUGUGGGCUCUGGGGAAGAGUGCAGCCCCGGAGAGGUAACUGAGGACAUGAGCAACCGGUGCCAGGGAGGGUGGGAUUCGCCAGAUGCCAAAAUCAGGGGACGGGUGGUGGUGUCUGUCAGACACACACAGGUCGCCAGUGACUUCACACACACCUCAUGUGAGAACCAUGCCUUUUUUAGUGUGUCCUAUUUCAUACCUGUACACACUUCCUCGUUUUGUAAUGAGAUUUACUUACACCCAAACAGAUCCUGAAAGAAAGCUUCAAGUUUUCUCAGAUGAUGGAUAUGUUUUCACUGUAUUCAAUAACUGACCGAUGUAAGGUGCACGUUUCCCGAUGUGACGCACUGUAUUCCAGCUGGUGAUCAAGUCUGGGAAUAGCCGUAACAGGUCAACCUUGUGGAGCCAUCGCGAGUUAGAGGGUGAAAGAUGGCAGAAAAAAAGUCUUGUGUGUGAGUGUGUUUUUUGAGUUUGCAUCAAUCUUAAUGUCUCUUCAUAAUACUUUUAUAAUACAUUAAGCCUCUUGUCUACAUAUUUGGAGAGAAUAUGACUUUACUAGCAGAGAAAUACAAUAUAUCUUGUCUACUGGACUGUAAAAUAUAUGUAUGAAAUAAAAUUAGUUCCAUUUGGUCUUCUAGUAUAUUAAAGUGCUAUCUGACGUUGUUAUCCUGUUUUUGCAAAAAAAAAAAAAAAAAAAGUUAACUACAGACCAUUGUUUCUAAUAAGCAGAGAGAUCUAUUUUAGUAGUAAACUGAAGGUUUAGUUGUGAGCUUCAGAUUUUGUGAACUCCAGAUGUUGUGCGGUGUUUUUUUUUUUUUUGUUAUUUUGUUUUUUUGUUUUUUUUUUUUUUUUAACGACAACAACUAAAAAAAAAAAAAAAAUCCAAGGAAUAUGUACACUGGAACUGUAGUGGUAGCUUUCAGUAUUGUAAAGAGAUUGUUCUAUACGGACCUUUUUGCUGUUUAUCCUGUAUGUAAUAAAGUCCUUUCUAGAUCCUAUGUGAAAAGAAAAGUGAAGCAACUGAAUCUUCAGCAUGUUCUCAUCGGCGGAGCCUUCUUGUGUAAUGUAAACUGUGCCAUGUUAUUAAAAAAUGUGAACUAAGCUUCCA